UACAGUAAGCAGUAGUCAAAUACAUGUGGUGGAGUAAAAAACACAAUAUUUCCCUGUGAAAAUGUUGUUCAGAUAAAGUAAAAAGAAAUAUUAAAUGGGAAAUGUAAUAUUCAAAUACGCAAAUUACCGGUUUGAAAUAGUAAUUAGUCUUUAAGUAAGUGUACUUAAGUAAGUAAGUGUAUAAUACUUAUAACACCAACACAUUUUUGUAUCAGUGCUUUGCUGAGCUAGUUUACAGGCUUUAAUUCCCCUGCUUCUUACUUUGAAAUUCAUGGACUACAUUUUAGCAUUCACCACCAACGGGUGAGUUUAAUAGUCAUUCAGCUCAUCAUACGGUGUACUGUAUAUACAAUUCCUGAAAAACAACAGGAACUUUAGCGAUACAAUUUGUUCUCUGAAAUGCAGUGGAAUGCAAAUACAAAGUACCUUAAAAUAUGAAGACUAAGUACAGUACAAAGUACAAAUACCUUGUAAAUCGUACCAAUGCACGUUGGUGUAUUUUGUUGACUUUGCAUGUGUGAAAUAACUUAUCCAUAUAUACAGACAUACAUAAAAUAUACAACAUUUGAACAAACUACAGCAGAAAAAAAUAACAACAGGCAUUUAAUCGUGGAUGGUAACCAAACAAUACGAAUAAAAUAAAACAUCUUUUAGCUUUGAACAUAUAAAAAGUUAUACCUUUUGCAUACCAUUUAAAGUCAUGUAAAGAGGAAGUAUUUACUGAGCAUACGUUAAUGUAGAGGCUUCAAUAGCACCAUUUCUCACUCAACUCAUGCAUCUGAUUCACAGGAUGAGGUUUGCAGCUGCACAUAAUCUGCAGUAUUGUCCUAGUUUUCUUCUCUUUUUUUGCCGUGUUAAUGACACCCUCAUCACGACUCUCUCCAUUCACAAAGCGAAUCCUGUCGUGAUGGGAGGGAAAAUGGCUCUGAACAGACUGUGGGUGUCUCAGGAUUUGGAGAACAUGUCUAAUUUUUGCAGCAUCCUUACAGCCAGCCACACGUCGUCUUUUCAUUGAGCUCUUCUAUAUACAAAGCGAAUGGGAUCACGCUGUAGGAAAUGUACAUUCAGAGGGGCUGCACCAUGUGAUUAGUGUCUUUCAAAGCGCUUGUCACUUGCUCUCUCCUUCUUACCCUGAAUUUCAGUCUUCAUCCCCAUCUCACAAUAUCGGGCUAAAAUAAACGACUCAAUUUGGGGAUGAAUCAACUCUUACAUUGAAGGAAAGGUAAUGUUUAGCUUUUUGCAUCAUUAUAUCUGACUCCCCACUUUGUGUGUAGAUGGGGCAGCUCCCGCUGUGCUUUGAGAGAGAGGGAGAGGGAGAGAGAGAGAGAGGGAGUGAGAGGGAAAGCGUCCUUAAACGUGGGCCGUUGUGUAAUCCCUCUCAGGGCCCCUUUGCUAUUUCUGUGCCUGGGUCCGCACGUCACGGUUGGGUAUUUUCUCUGGUGACUAGCUCGCAUCAAUAGAUCUUCUAAUGUACACCCAGUCAGCCAGCAGCUUCGCGACUGAUGGGACUUCACCGUGCUCAUUUAUUUCAUUAUUGUUACCCCGGCAUGAGGAGAAUGGAGAAAAGGACCGUGCAGCAUGAGGAAUGUCACACGUGACCGUCGAUAUGGGACGGGGGACUAUUCAAAUGUCAGGUGACCCUUCCGAUCAGUGCACAUGUAUGUUAAUAUCACUACAGUUACAUAACAGGUAGUGUCCUUGUAAAUCGAUCCCAAAGAAAGUGACAUUGGAUUCAUGGAGUCACUUGAAACUACUGGAGGGGUGAAGAGCUCCACUGAGGGUCAGGACAGAAAUGUCGUUGCACACAAAAUGUUCACCUCAGAGGCUGUACAAACUAGGAGGAGUCGAUCAGUCGAAUUGGAAGGCGAGGGGUGGCACCAACUACAAGAAGGUCAGAGCCGAGACACAUGUGGUUUCAAAGAAAUGUCUGACUCAGGAAAAUCAUUGCAAUUAGAAGAUUGGCACUCCCAAACUCAGUGCACAAGCCAUCAGGAACAUGAAGGGUCUUUGUAUCCAGAACAGUCCACAAAAUCGUUUCCCACUGGCAGGCAGAAAUCUGCAGGUCACUUAGUUUCUGCACAGUCCCCUGGACCGGUAUCUCACAGGAAGACCACCAGUUCACCUGAAGCCCAACAGCAGUGUUGCCAUUCAGGGAUGGAUCCACUGUCAGAAGCUGCAUGUAAGGUAGAGCAGAAACCACAAAAGCCUGGUAAGUAUGUUUGUGAUUACUGCGGAAGGGCAUGCGCCAAACCCAGCGUGCUCAAGAAACACAUUCGCUCACACACCGGAGAGCGGCCCUACCCGUGUGUCCCAUGCGGCUUCUCCUUCAAAACAAAGAGUAAUUUGUACAAACACAGAAAGUCCCACGCUCAUUUGGUCAAAGCUGGAACAGUGCCCCUCUCCGAACUUGGUUCUUACAAUGCCAACACAGACCAGGGGUCUUUUGAAGGGGAAGGGGAGUUGUUCUCUGAUGCUGAGCAAAGCACGGACACGGAUGAGGACGCUCUUAACGACCCGCUGCUGCUGCUGGACUCUCCAUCGGACGGAUCAGAUAACGCCGCUGUAAAAGUACUAAAUCUCACUACUCAGAAAAGGGGAGCCUCGUCGAUCCCGGCUCAGGAUGGUCCAUCCCAGCCCCACGAAAUCAAUGCACGUCCCGCUGCUGCUGAGGCCAGCCGUGCGAUCCAAUCCUGCACGAUCAAACAGAGGCUCGCCCUGCGCCUGUCUGAGAAACGAAGCAGCGACUCCGACCAGAACCUGUCCCUCCCGAGUCAGUCCAGCAAGGGCAGCACGGACUCCGGCUACUUCUCGCGCUCCGAGAGUACCGAGCACCAGCCCGGUCCUCCCAACGCCAACGCAAAAUCCUAUCAGGAAAUCAUGUUCGGGAAGUGUUACAAGCCAAGCCCUAAACAGACGGAAGCUUUUGUGGCUUGUUGCACAGACUCCAAUGAAUACACGGGGCGGCGCUCGGAGAGAGGCGUUUCCCGCGUUUACACCCAAGAAAAAGACGCCGCCGAGCCAAUCAAAAUUAACACAAAGUCCUUCACGGCGGAGGAGGCAAAAGAGCCGCUGUUAGACACCGGCGCGGAUGCGGCGACUCUGAUGAGAAGCAACUCGAUGCCAACGUCCUCGGCAGUGAGUCUGCCUAUGCCUCAGGCCCUCAGGGGCAGCCACUCUUUUGAUGAGAGAGCAAGCACCGGGGGCGCCCGCAGGCUCAGGCGGCAAGCUGCUUUCGAACACUGCGCACAGGACGGCCACGCGGACGCAGACGGCCACGGAAAGAUGAGCGAGAGUGGCCCUAAGCCCUCGGGGUUGGAGAAGGAGAAUUACCCCUCCGUGACAUCUAAUAUGUGCCAUCACAGACACGCCAUGGAACUGGCAACACGCAAGCGUCGCAAAGAGAAGAGGGAAGAGGAGGAAUUGCAGGGUCAAUACGAGGGCCAUCAAGAGCAGUGUGAAGAAAUGUUUGACUCAAGUCUGGACUAUGAUUCAAAACUAGCUGCCGUGGGCCUUAUCGCGUUAGGAAAAGGACUCUCUUUAAGUAUGCUGACGCAGAUGGACAGGUGUGACAUGGACAUAUCAGGCAGCCCUGAAAUUUCCGGGAGGAAAACGUUAGGGAAUGUCAUUUCUGUUAUCCAGCACACAAACUCAAUAAACAGGCCUCACUCUGAACAGUCAGAAUCCCACCAGUAUCACGGGCCGAGACAAGAGAGUAUCUCUUCUUUUCAAGCUAUGGAGGCGAGGGAAUCGUAUGAGUUGGAAAGGAGGGAUAGCGGGCUACGGCAAUCAUUUCAGCUGGGCCCCAAACUUGUGCGGCAGCCCAACAUACAAGUCCCAGAAAUCCGGGUCACGGUAGAACCCGACAGUCCAGAAAAGGCUCCCGAGGUGCCGGUGAAGGAACCAGAGAAGCACGUGGAGGAGUUCCAGUGGCCUCAAAGGAGUGAAACUUUAGCACAAUUCCCUCCAGAGAAGCUGCCCCCAAAGAAGAAAAGGCUACGCUUAGCCGAUAUCGAGCACUCCUCUGGCGAAUCGAGUUUUGAGUCCGCCUGCACCAGUCUCUCUCGCAGCCCGAGCCAAGACAGCAACUUAUCUUACAGCUCCGCCUUCUCCUUUGACAGGGAGGAGAGUUUGAAGUCAGUCUCUCCAGCCAGGCAAGAUGAAUUUGGCAAACCACUUGAGCUCUUAGCAGUGCCAGGCAGCGGACACUCCCUGUCUGUGCUCGGCCAGCGUCAACAACAUGAAAUGAGACGCUCCACCUCGGAGCAGGCGCCAUGUAACUUGCGCAAGGAGUUCCCGGAGGUACGCAGCAUAUCAUUUGACUAUGGCAGUCUGUCUCCAGCAUCCAAAGUUAGACCGGUGGACAUCGGCCUCUCGGCUGUGAGGGAGAGGAGGAAGGGAAACUUGGUGCGGCAGGAAUCGUUGAACAUGGACACGGAGGUGACACCGGUCCCGUCACAAGUGUUUGCGCGGCCCCUCGGCAGCAGCUCCCCUCCCUUCACUGCACUCGCUGUUCUGCCGCAGACUUUGCCAAUAUUCUCCACAGGGAGCGCAUUCCCCCAGCUGUCACAUCCAAGCCUUCUGGUUCCCGUUAGAAUACCGACUCAUGUGCCGUGCUACGGCAGUAUCACGUACACUUCAGUAUCACAGAUCUUUGACAAUCAGUACACCGGCGUCAGCUCCACUACGUCUCAGAAUCAAAUCUACCGCCUGUGUGGAAGUCUGGAGUCUUAUGCCAGACCACCUUCGACGCACACGCUCACUGUAGAAGCCCUCGAUUUGUCUUCAGCUAAGCUCAAGACAGGCAUCCCUCUCUCUCUGACAUCCAGAACCAUCUCGACCACUAACGCCUCCAGCGGCUGCGCCAACAAACGCAUGCUGUCCCCCGCCAGCAGCAUGGACCUUUUCCUGGAGGUCAAGCAGGAAAAACGGGUGAAGGAGGAAAGGAUGUUUGGGCAGAUAGUGGAGGAGCUGAGCGCUGUGGAGUUGGGAAAUUGUAAUUUGAGCGAUGAGAAGGGGCACAGGUCAGAGAUGCAGCGCGCAGCUACACCUCAUACUCAGGAUGACUCACGUGUGAGUAAUUUGAUCACACUCCAACAGGAAGUGACAGAGGCCACUGACCCCGGCGUGGAGUCAGCAAUGGAGAGUAGCUCCCUGGAAACCAGCUCACCUCCCGACUCUGUCAUACCGGUCAGCGAGGUGGAAGAAUUUGGCAUGGAGAAACAUGUGCAGAUGGACACGGUGGCACAACUGGUCUCCAGACAAGAUGUCCUGAUCACAGACAUCGAGAAUUCAAGGCUGUCAUCUCAGUUUCCGAGUCUUCGCACCACGACAGGAGUGAGCUGGUGUUAUCUUAACUACACCAAGCCCAGCUGCCCCCCCAGCAACGCCCCUUUCUCCUCCGCCUACGCCACCUGGGGGGUGAGUUCCCACAACCCCAACCCUCUUGAGCUGAGUACCAGUGCCACUCUGGCUCUGCUGCGGUCCAAACAGAGGGGAGACACGGUUAUAUACACCAUGGCGGCAAUGUGUCGGCCCGGCACGGGAAAACUGGUGUCGUCCCUCAUCCUGUGGAGGCAGAACAUGGAACAGCUGCAGAGGAAACCGGAGCCCAAAGAGGUGGACAUCACCUACGGGAAGAAGAUGAAAGACAUCAGCUGCAGAGUGAAAACCGCCAGGGAGGAUUGGAAAGAGAGGGAGGCUUCCACGACCCAAACAGUGCCAACGCGCAUCAAGAUCUUCGAGGGAGGGUACAAGUCGAAUGAAGACUACGUGUAUGUCAGAGGUCGAGGCCGGGGAAAAUACAUUUGUGAGGAGUGUGGGAUUCGCUGUAAGAAGCCGAGCAUGCUGAAAAAACACAUCAGGACCCACACAGACGUAAGGCCGUACAUCUGCAGGGUCUGCAACUUUGCCUUUAAAACUAAAGGAAAUCUGACUAAACAUAUGAAGUCAAAGGCACACAUGAAGAAAUGUCUUGAACUGGGCGUGUCAGUGACGAUGGAUGACACGGAGAUACAGGAACAAGUGGACGACAGCCAACAAGAGUCCAAGACAGAGGCAACAAUCACAACCAAACACCAGUUCUCAGACGCCGAGGACUCUGACGGCAUGGACGAGGACGUCGACGAAAUCGACGAGGACGACGACGAAGACGACGAAUGCGAGGGCGACUCCACUCCAAAGCUGCGUUCGAGGAGCACCAGCCCCCAGACGUGUGGGGCCUCUCUGUCAGUCGCGGCCACCGCCGCCCUCCACGUCUAUUCCUUCGCCCCUCUGCCCGCCGCCGAUGUCCGCCGGCGGUCCUCCGACAGGCGGCCGGGCUCGGACCCUCGAGGCGUCCACGCAGCCGAGCGGAGGGAGAAGUCGUUGGAUGACGACUCCCUGAGCGUGCUGUCUCCGGACCAGGCCGGCUUCCUGUUUGACCCCUACUCUUCCUGCCUGCUCUCGCCUGGCUGGGAGUCUCCCAUCAGGGAGCCCUCCCCUUCGCGUCUGCGCUACCCGUCCCCGAGGCGAGAACUCUCCCCGCGAGGUCGCUCCUCUCCCCGGUGGGAGACCACCCAGCUGAGGCCCAGCUCGCCCGGCUUCACACCCGUCCAGCACCUCUCUCCGGUCUCCGUUGAGCGGCCGCUGUCUCCCGGAACGGAGCUGGCUGGAAAGAGGGAGUCCUCGGUCAGAGGUCGGCAGAGAGUGGUGCUGAGGGCUGUUUCGCCCCGCAGAGGCUCGCACCAACACAGAGGCGGCGGUGAUAAAACCCGCCAGCAGGCGAAGAUGGAGAUGGCUCAGCAUGGACCCCUUGAGAUGGAGAUGGAUGAAAGGAUCAGCUUGGCUUCAAAUCUGCCCGGUCCUGCCAGUUCUCAUCACCAGAACAUCCUCAGCCACCUCCCUCUUCACUCGCAGCAGCAGACCCGCAGUUUGCUCCCCGUCGUUCCUGUGGGUGGGCUCCAGAUGCUUCACACCCCGCCUUCCUCCGGCUCCGAUGUCACCCUUCCCUCGGCACCGAGCCCGCCGAGCGGCGGCAGCAGGCAGGGAUCGGUCCACGGGCCUGAGUCCGGGGGAGAGGACAGCGCUGACCACAACCAGCUGUCUGAGGAGAAAAGCCUGGACCCCGGGCCCAGAGACAGUGGACCGGAGGAGAGCGUCCAGACGUGCUUGAAAGCCAUUGCUUCGUUGAAGAUCACCACGGAGGAGCCUCACUGAAACCGCCCCCCCCGUCCUGUUCCCUCUCCUCCAUUUGACCCAGGAAAAAACUGCCCCUCCUCUUCACCUGCGACCUUGUCGUCCUCAGCCCUUUAGGCACAUAACCUCAUCUUUAUCCAAUUAGAGGCAUAUAUAAUAACAAUUCCCCGGGUUUUGCACAUACUCCAGACGGCUCCUUUUUAGAUCUGAGUGGAGAUGAAACCUUCACGAUGAAGAAACCCACCCGGUCUGAUGUGCUCUUCUCCUCAGAGACUCUUUGAAAUGAUUGGACGAGCAGCAGGAUGACUUGUGAGGUGGAGAAUCCUUAUUGGGUGCAAGUGCAAUAUGGAAAGAUAUUAUGCUAAUAUGCCUUGGUUUGACAUAGUAGUUUGCGUACUAUUGCACAUAAAUUAUAUUUAUGGAUUCUGUACAAAUUUCCUUAAGAUAUACUCCUUCUUAGAUGCAUACAAACAGUGUAUUUUACUGUAUGUGUACUUAUAGACUGUUGUUUAAUGUAAUCAUAUCAAGGUGUUACUCAGUAGUGCAGUAAAUAAAGACUAUUCAUAAGGGGAAAAGUAUGUGUGUUAUGAAACAGUCUGACCAAAUUUUAAGUAGAUGCUUUCUUGUCCAUCAAGCGGCAAGGGUCUGUGCCUUUAUUUUGCUUUUCAUCAUUUUGUUAUGAGAAGGUCGUUGUGGAAAUAUGUCGGAGAAGGAUUUAUUCAAAAGUGUCAGCGCCGUCAAAGAGUUCGCUCAAAGAAAAGCUUUUUAUUUCUUGUUCCGUCGGUUAUGCGGUCGGAUGCAGCUUGAUUUAUGUGAAACAAUCUUAAAAAAUGUUUAUGUUGCAAUUUUUAUAAGUGUUGUGGUUUUUAUCUUGGUAAAAAUGCAUGGGAUUUGCUAUUGCACAAAAUAGAGGAAGUUAUUAUUAUGUAAUUAUUAAUACCGUAAGAUGUAUUUAUAUAUUAGAACGUGAGCACUUAUUGAUACUGGUAAAAUUUGACUACUAUUUAUAUGGUAUAUCUGUACUUAUGCAGCAGUGAUGCAGUUAUGCAGUGAGCCACGCUGGUAUUGCUUUCGGUAUCUUGUAUUUGCUUUAAUUAAACAGCGUUUCACUCUCUCACACACAGAUGACCACAAGCAUUUUAUGAUUUUGACAAUGCACUUUCAUCUUUUGAUCUUUGAUGUUUAACUGACGUGGUCAGUGAAAUUAAGGGAGUAAAACAUAUUGUGUUCCUGUGGUGUUUGAAACAUUCCAGUCGUUUUUUCACAUUGUGCACAUGUUGCACACUAAUUCAAGGGGCUAUGAUGAUCAAUCAAUAGUAUCUUUUCUUGCAUUUCAAGCUGGAUGAAUCAACUGGAUGAACCAAUACCACUUUACUAAAGUAAUGAUGCUAACAGGGUGAGUUGGUUGACUAUUACCGUGCUUCAGCUCAAAAUGAUCUUUCACCAAAUGCAUUACUUCUCUGUACAUAUAUGUGUAUUUUUAUGAUUUAAACUAUUUUUGCAGCGUUGAAUUCUGAGAACUUUUUACGUGGAUCGUUUAUAUCUCUUUAAGAGGUAACAAGUCUGCAGUUGACGUAACAGAGGUUUAACGAGGGAGAAAACAGCACAGUGUUGAUCGCUAACUCUGCGUGUCUCAUCUUAAAUAAAAAAUAAAUACGGUGUAUUCACAAGUGUUAACGUUACCAGUUUGAGAAUGAAUUUUCAAAAUCAGUAAACACUUUGUUCACUCAUGUUUACAUAAAACAAUUUAAAAGGUGCACUGCUUUUUUCCUUUUCUGAAGAUUUCAUGUAAUUUUC